UGUCAAGAAGACAAGGGAACAGUCUCUUCACACCGCUGCAAAGACCACACACACUACCCUUUCGAAGCCAAGAUGAUAAGAGCCUCGAAACCGAGAAACGCAAGGUCGAAGCGAGCUUUGGAGAAGCGAGAGUCCAAGGAGCUUGAGUCGGCCAAAACGGCCAUCUUUGUCCGAGGUUCGCACACGUCCGAGGCAGUCUCUUGUGCUCUCAAAGAGCUGGCGGGCCUCAAGAAGCCGCACAGCAUCCCCUUCAGCAAGCGCAACGACGUCGCACCCUUUGAAGAUGCCUCCAGCAUCGAGUUCUGGGCUGCGAAGAACGAUGCGAGUUUAUUCGUGGUGGGCAACCAUCAGAAGAAGCGCAAGGACAACCUCACCUUUGUCAGGACCUUCGAUGGCCAGGUUCUUGACAUGUACGAGCUGGGCAUAACAAUGGCCAAGAGCCAUGAAGAGUUCAAGUCAAAGAGAUCACCCACCGUAGGAGCUCGACCUCUGUUCCACUUUUCGGGGCCUCACUUCUCCAAUGACCCGUCUUCGUCGCUCGUCGAGGGACAGAGAAAUAACAAUACAGCACUCGCUGCGUCGCAGAUGGCUUCGCCUGGCCUCUCUUCCUCCUUCCAGCACCUAAAGUCUCUCUUUCUUGACUUCUACCGCGGCGAGGAACUUCCACCUGGAUCAGGGCCAGGAAAACAGCCUGGCCAGGCAGGCGCUCAGGUUGCUCUCAAGGGCGGCCUCCAGCACAUCAUUUCAAUCACCGAGGCACCGGGUCCCGAAGAAGAGGGAAUAUCGGGCGUGAAUGGAACCAGUGCUGCGAUCGCACCGGACCUCGCAGCCUUGUAUGCGGCUGGCGCAGCCACCGCAUCGUCUGGCAGCGACAAGUCGAAGGCAAAUCUCGACUCGAGCGCGGCAGGCAGGACAAUUCAUUUCCGCGUCUACGCCGUCGUCGACGCGGGUGCAGCCAAGGGUGGUGCCGCUGAGCUCGAAGAAAUUGGACCUGCGUUCGACUUUGUUCUCCGGAGAAGGUUGCCGGGCGAUGUAGGCCGGUGGUCGGCGGCGCUGCGCCGGCCAAAACUGGCUGAGGAGAAGAACCGACAAGGAAAGGGCGAAAAGAAGAACAUCGAGACCGACGAGAUGGGCGACACGGUCGGCCGGAUUCACAUGGGCAAACAGGACCUGGACAAACUUCAGACACGAAAGAUGAAGGGACUCAAGAGGGCCAGGGCUGCAGCUGGUGCAGACGGAUCAGACGAAGACGAAGACGACGAUGAUGUAGCUGAUCUCAUGGGCGAUGAUGACGAUGAAUCACUCGACAUGGAGGACCUCACAGGCGGUGCAGACGACGACGAUGAUGAUGAUCACGACGAUGACGAUGAAGGAGAUGAGGAGGACGGGGAAGAAGGGGCGGCGCCCGAGAGGAAGAGGCGGCGCUGAUCGACAUUGUAUCCAACUUGUAAUCGUAGCCACCUCGUUUUCACUGUCUCGAUUUAACACAUCGCAUUUCCAACCAAUAGGACAAGAUAAUGUCUGUAGAUGAUUGAUCGCUCAGAUUCGAUCAAAUAGAUGAUGGUAAUGAGGGG